GCGGGGUUGCUGGUAACUGUUGCGCCUCUUGUGUUUUCCUUUCGCCUCACGAUUGGAUCUGCUUCGGACGGUCCCUGCGCGGGAUGGCCUCCAGCUACAAGAAGACGCCACUGGGGGCUCCCUCUCAGAGGAAGAAGACCGCACCCAAAACUGAACUCACUGAAGAGCAGAAACAAGAGAUCCGGGAGGCCUUUGACCUGUUUGAUACUGAUGGGACUGGAAAUAUAGAUGUGAAGGAGUUGAAGGUCGCCAUGAGAGCACUUGGGUUUGAACCUAAGAAAGAUGAGAUCAAGAAAAUGAUCUUAGACAUUGAUAAGGAUGGAACUGGGAAGAUCAGCUACAAUGACUUCUUAGGAGUGAUGACCCAGAAAAUGGCUGAAAAAGAUUCAAAAGAAGAGAUUCUAAAAGCCUUCAAAUUGUUCGAUGAUGACGAAACAGGCAAAAUCUCUUUCAAAAACCUCAAACGUGUGGCUAAAGAACUGGGGGAAAACCUCACAGACGAGGAGCUGCAGGAAAUGAUUGACGAAGCUGAUCGGGAUGGUGACGGGGAGGUCAACGAGCAGGAGUUUUUGAGGAUCAUGAAGAAGACUAGCCUGUACUGAGAUUCUUGGUGUGUUUUCUCUGUGUUUGUCAAGCCCUUUUCUGUCCGUGGACUAAGUCCAGACUCUCCCUAUGUCUGUUGGGAAGAGCUGAGCAGCUAUCCGGAUCUUACCAGCUUUGUGAGAUGUCCCUCACGGAUGACUUUUUUUUCACCCUCAUGAUAUCUGUUGACUCCUCCCUUUGCCUUCCUUGUGUUGUCUUAUAAAAUACAUAUUUUAUAUUUUCAGCAGUCAUGUGAGAUGUCCUAUUGGAUUAAGUUGCCUUUGAAGGUAGUGAUGUGCACGGGAUAUGAAUUUGGCAGUGAUCAUUCAGGCAUUCUGAGAAACAAGGAUGAUGCUUUUUAAAAACUUACUUAAAAGAGCUGAGGCUUCUAUUGUACGGCCCUUAGUCUUGCCAAAGGAAAGAUGUCAGAGUGGGCGGCUUCAGAUCCUUUUCUGCUCCCACCCUGCCUUAAUCGGUCUGUUUGUCUGCUACCCAAGAAUGUACUACGUGCUGAACCUGGAGUUUAGAUGUUGAGGUUGAAGCUCAGAGCCUAAGCUUUCACUUUCAACACUUACUAGCCUUUGUACUUUUUCAAAAGAUUGAAUGUGAGUGUGUCUUUAAUGCCUGAACCUUCUGGAAGCAGCCUGUAAGCAUAUUUUCCAGAUUCCUGUGGUUUAUCUUAUUAGCCAUCACCUGUAACCAUGACAUCAAACAGUACAUUGCAGCAAAGUUGCCUAUGUCCUUCAUUAGCAGAUCUUUAAGGGGAGGCACCUCAUUAUCCUGUGAGUGAGGUCAUGUUUACAUUCACUCACAAUCCAUAGAACUAAUUUAAUCUCUCAGUGGUGUCACAGUAAGGUACCUUGUGAUGCUGCCAAUACAGAAGUAAACUAAUGCCAUAUGGGAGCAAGGAUAAUGUCCUUGCUCCCUAUUGUGGAGGUCAUCAACAGAAGGCAUGAAAGACCCUACUGUCAGGGCACUUUAAGGAGUGGAGGUUAAGGCAUUAGCCAGCCAUCGCUUCUCAAAGAGAUCUUUUAGGAAGCUAGUUGCUGACCAGAGCACCAUAGCUCUCCUGUUAUUGCACCAGUAGUUAAUUUCAAUAUGUGCCAUUGUUUCUUGAAAGUUAGACUGUCUUAUGGCAGCUGAGGCACAGCUGAGAAUUUCCUGAGAUCGGUGAUAGCAACUGAAGUAAGUGUUCCUUGCACAGGAAUCCAACCCCGCUUCCUGUCUCUCUGCUAGUUAGCAGUAGUAUUGUGACGCCUUCUGUGCUACGUAGUCCUCUCAUGGCAUGACAUCUCAGUUCCGCACAAGAGUUGUUAUGUGGUCCUUUCUGAGGUGAGGGCAGAGGAAAUCCUACUGUGAUAUCCUGGUAGCCAAAAAGGCUACAAGAGACCCUGAAAGCCUCCACGAUCUUGUAUGUGGUUUCCUGGAAAAUGGGCAUGGGGAAUAGGUUGCCCUAGACAAGGAGCAGAGCCAGCUGCUUUAAUAACAAAGCUAAACAUAAUUUAUGCAAGAUAAAUCUGUAAGACCAAAGUGCAUGUGACAUUCAGAAUAUUCGAAAGAUUUCUCACUUAAAGAAGUUCUGAAAUCUUUUAAGAUCCUCUGGUAUUAUUACAGGCCCUAACUAACAAACUGUUCGUUCAAACAGCUUUUAUAUUCCACUAUAAUCUUUGCUAAACAUUUAAACACUCUAAGUUUCAUCCACUCACAAAUUUUAAAAUACCUUUAAUGAACAGUCGAAGAUGUUACACUUUCUAAUUAGAAAUCUUUCAAAGCAGAAACAAAAAUGAGAUCUGGGAAGAGUUUGAUUGCAAAUCUAGGACCAAACUGUUUUGUUUUUUUUUUGAAGUAAUUAUUAGUCUGGUUUUGACCUUUAGCUAGCUCUUGUUCAAAAACCAGAGAAAGGGGAUGUCUCUGCUGGGCAGCACUGAUCAGCUGUGCGACCCAGAGGUGACAGCCUUGGCAGGUACUUGAUUUAAGCCCCUAAAAGAAAGAAAAUAAAUCUCAGCAUUAGAGAUAAAUAUCCUGGUGCUUGCUUCAGUCAUCUGUAGUGUCAACUUCUGCUAUUAAGGUCCAAGUUUUAUUUUUUUCUCUGCAGCAUGUAUUCAGCUUUAUAUGUUGUUUUUAUUGGCUCAAAUAAGAGUUGGGUCUCUAGUUGGUUAAAUCCUGUGAGAUGCUGUACUGGAGCAAGAGGUUGUAAGACUUGUGAAUACAAGUUCUACCAAUACCACAAAUCUGUGUUAUGAAUAAGGGUUACGUGCCUGCGGAACCAUUUAGUCUACUAAGAUACCACCAGCGCUGCUUUCUUCCGCUUUUGUGUUGUGCAGUCCACACCUCCAGCUUGCCAGCUAAUGAUCACCCUGGGGCUGGGAAUGACACUUAUGGUAAGAGACAGAGCAGAAUGCGUCCCAAUGGACCUGUAAAAUCCUGAUGUGGACCUGAAAAUGCAUUUCCUUUAGGUGGAGAGGCUAGAGGGUUUUCCCUGUGGUUUUCUGCAGGCAAACCAGGUAUUCUAUCACAGAGCAUGACCCUUUCAGUGUACCUGUUGCUAUUCAGCAAUUUCCUAGCAGAUGCAAAAGAUUCCAUGAAAUUAAGGCAAAUAAUAAAUACCUGCAGGUAAUGCAACACCCUACGGAUCACAAUCUAGCAGCCUCUAUCAGAUUGUCAUCAGCUGGAAAACAACCCAGUUGGAACCAUGCAGAGAAGCUUCCGCAAAGGAGCAGUUCCACAAGUGUGUCACGCAUGCAACCAUUAUUGUGGUUGUGAUACUUUUUGCAAGCCAUUUCACUUGUACAAGGUGCAGUGGCUGUGUAUGCAGUUUCCAUAAGGAAGUGCUGGUUUGUAGCCAUGUGGAUGGAGUGUCUGGAUUAAGCUGCAACUCCUCUGAUGAUCCUUGUCCAUUUCUGGUGGUAACUGUUGGGUGGCUUUAUAUGGCCCUCUGGACAGGACUGGAAUUCCUGUCUUUCAGUGUCAGAACUGUCCGUCUUUAUUCCCAGGCUCUUUUGAACAUGUUCAGCCAGUGUCCAUUUGGAGACUUCAUGAUGGUUCAUGAGAUCUUGAGUUGGCAAAGCCUUUUAAAAGCAGAUCGUCUUCAGGAUCCAAGGAGAAUGAUUUCCAAGGUUAGAUGUCCUGGUGACAAUUUCUCAAGUUGCCCCCAAUAGUUUUUUUUACAGUUAAAGAAAAAGUGAAUAUUAUUGUAAUCAAUUGUCAAUAAAGCAUGUUUCUGAAUAACA